AUGUUCAGCUGGCUGGGGAAGCAGGCGGCCGGGGGCCGGGCUGGGGCCGGCGGCGGCGGCGGCGGGGACGCGGUGCAGACGGUGACGGGCGGCCUGAAGGAGCUGUACAUGCGGAAGCUGCUGCCGCUGGAGGAGCACUACCGCUUCCACGACUUCCACUCGCCCGCCCUGGAGGAGGCCGACUUCGAGAACAAGCCCAUGGUGCUGCUCGUGGGGCAGUACAGCACGGGGAAGACCACCUUCGUUAGGUACCUUUUAGAGCAGGACUUUCCAGGCAUGAGGAUUGGUCCUGAGCCUACCACAGAUUCUUUCAUUGCUGUGAUGUAUGGAGAUACAGAAGGGAGUACUCCUGGAAAUGCUCUGGUGGUGGACCCGAAGAAGCCAUUCCGCAAACUCAGCCGCUUUGGAAAUGCAUUUUUGAACAGGUUUAUGUGCUCUCAGUUACCUAAUGAGGUUCUGAAGAGCAUCAGUAUCAUCGACAGUCCUGGCAUUCUUUCGGGAGAGAAACAACGCAUCAGCAGAGGCUAUGACUUCUGUCAGGUCCUCCAGUGGUUCGGUGAACGAGUAGACCGCAUUAUCCUCCUCUUUGAUGCCCAUAAACUGGAUAUUUCUGAUGAGUUUUCAGAGGCCAUUAAGUCAUUCCGAGGCCAGGAUGACAAGAUUCGGGUGGUGCUUAACAAAGCUGACCAAGUUGAUACACAACAGUUGAUGAGGGUCUAUGGUGCACUCAUGUGGUCCUUGGGAAAAGUGAUUAACACUCCUGAGGUGUUGCGAGUCUACAUCGGUUCUUUUUGGGCCCAACCUCUUCAAAACACUGAAAAUCGGAGGCUCUUUGAAGUAGAGGCCCAAGAUCUCUUCCAUGACAUUCAGAGUCUUCCACAGAAGGCAGCUGUGCGAAAACUCAAUGAUCUCAUCAAGAGGGCAAGACUUGCAAAGGUCCAUGCUUAUAUCAUCAGCCACCUUAAAAAGGAAAUGCCAUCUGUUUUUGGAAAAGAGAACAAGAAGAAGGAGCUGAUCAGCAGACUACCUGAGAUCUAUGUAGAACUGCAACGAGAGUACCAAAUUUCACAAGGGGAUUUCCCAGAGGUCAAGAAAAUGCAGGAACAACUGGAGGUUUGUGACUUCACCAAAUUUCAUUCUCUGAAACCAAAGCUGAUUGAAGCGGUGGAUAACAUGUUGGCAAAUAAAAUUGCCUCUCUGAUGAAUCUAAUCUCUCAGGAAGAAAACAGCAUGCCUACACAGAUGGUGCAUGGUGGAGCAUUUGAUGGCACCAUGGCGGGACCCUUUGACCAUGGGUAUGGGGAAGGUGCCAAGGAAGGAGCUGGUGAAGAAGAGUGGAUUGUUGCCAAAGAUAAACCUGUGUAUGAUGAGAUCUUCUAUACUCUGUCACCAGUCAAUGGAAAAAUCUCAGGGGUUAGUGCGAAGAAGGAAAUGGUGACUUCCAAAUUACCAAACAGUGUCCUGGGGAAAAUCUGGAAACUUUCAGACUGUGAUAAUGAUGGGAUGUUGGAUGAUGAGGAGUUUGCAUUGGCGAAGCAUCUCAUCAAGAUUAAACUAGAUGGGUAUGAACUACCCAACAACUUGCCUCCACACCUGGUGCCACCAUCACACAGGAAACCUUUGCAGAUGUCAGAGUGAAAAAUACAGGGAGGGGUGUUGAUUAAUCGAGGGAAAUGCCUAUCCAAAUGAAAACAACCCAAAUCUUUUCCAGUUGUAUAGAACCACCAAGGCUCGAAAUUUAGCUUUAGAGGCCAUCCUUAAAUCACAACCACAUUCCAUGCAAGUUACUGUAAGUAGCAGCAUAGUAAAAGGGUUACCUGUAUAAUACCUCUGGCUGACCAUAGAAAUGUUUAUCACAAGUGCCUUUUGUAGUGGCUUCCAUACUUACAUACUUGAGCUGAAAAAGCUUUCUUUGAGAAUCAGUCCCUGCAUAACUUACUCUGUCUACACCCCAAAAAAGCAGAAAAGGCCAUACAUAAAAUCAUCAAACUUCUGCCAUAUAACUAAGGCAGAAGUAGUAAAAAAAAAUAGUUUGACUGCAUGUCCUGUUUCUGAUUCUAAUGUUAAUCCAUGGGAGGGAAGUGUGUCAAGGAAAUAACUUUUUAUUU